AUGUCUUCAAACUAGUGCCAGGCUAUGAAUUUGUUGUCUGGAAAAUUUCUGAUAGACAAAAAUGGUGCAUCAAUUCCUGUGGAAGAAAUUUUACAAGGGACUAAACUCAUUCUCCUUUACUUUGCAGCGGCUUGGUGUCCAUAUUCUAUAUUGUUCGUUGAAAAACUGAGAGCUGUGCACGAAGAAGCAAUGAAUUUUGAGCUGCCUAUCCAGGUAGUUUACAUAUCAGCAGAUAACAGUGAAUCUGAAAUGUUGCAACACUUCUCUGAGAGCCAUGGUCAUUGGCUCUUGCGAAUGAAAUACGGCAUCACAUCAAUUCCAGUCUUACUGGUAGUACGUCCUGAUGGAUAUGUUGUGAGCAAGAAUGGCAGACGGCAAGUGGAAGACUAUGGCGUCAAUGUUUUUCUUAAAUGGAUGUGA